AUGAAAGAUUUAGAUUUGAAUCAGUUAGCUGCUGAACAAGAAAUGAAUGGGCCAGAUUUGAAUAGCUUGUAUCCCGACUGUAACUCUCAAGAUAUUAUUGACGAGUUACAUUAUACACAACCGGAAAUUGCUGAUUUUUUUAAUUUGAAUGAGUCGGUUGACACUAUAUUGUGUUCAAAUUCAGAUCUGAAUCAACCAACCUCUCCUAGAGUUGUUCACAUUUCAGACGGUUUGGACGGUCCAACAUCGAAUAGUUCUGUGAUUAAUUUGAAUGAAUCAGUUUCUGCUGGAUUUUGUCACAGUUUGGAAGAGAUUCGCUCAACGUCAGAAGAUUAUUUACCGGAUUUGGAACAAAUGUUUGAUGAUGACAUUUAUUUGAACUUGGACAUGCAACAAAAUCCACCAGAAAUCUUUGAAAUCAACUUGAAUGAACCGGAAACUGAACGAGAUGCUACUGACAAUACAUUGCUGGAAAAUAUUCGUCCUGGGAGCAAGAAGAAAAAUUUGACAUUAGAAAUAAAGAGGGCCAUCGUUGCAGCGUUGCUUGAACAAAGUAGCAAUGGACAGCUUUUAAAAGGCGCUGUUUCAAAUGUUGCAAACUCCUUUUCAAUAUCUACUCGAUCCGUCUCUCGUAUAUGGCGUGAAGCAAAAGAUCUACGCAACACAAAUGGUGAAAAUCUAUUGGAGUUCCGUUCGAAACUUACAAAUAGGGUGGGUCGGAAGAGAAUUCAGGUUGACAUAGAGCAGAAUCAUCGUCUUCAUCAUCCAGUGGAAAGUUUAAGUCUUGUAACGGGUUGCCCAUUUUUUCAGAUGCUCGACCCGGGUCUGAUGAUCGAUAAGUUUAUCGCUAUUUAUCUGGUAUUGCUUCGAAGUGGUUCCGUUCCAGCAAGCGACUUCUACAAGGAUAAGUCAACUUGUUCAUCACCAAACUUGGAAGUGUUUGUAGAGCAGCGAUCUUCAGACCUGAAUUGGAGUUUAGUGAUUCAAGUGUAA